UACAUCUUUUAACCAGCGAGUUCUUACUCAAAAGAACUGCUCCCUUUAUCCAUCUUUCUUCCUGUGAUCCCUUGAGUCUUGCCGCCGGCGAAGAGGCGAAGCUGCUCGAAGAAUUCAUUGCUUUCCGGGCUUGAAAAAAGACAAAGGGAGUCUUGCAGAAGCAAGUGAACGAAGAUGCCACAUAGGACGCGGCCAAUGGCAGCUUUGCUGGUGUUCACAGGACUGAAUGUGGUCCUGGUUUCAACCAUUACCCCUGUCUAUGAUUUCGUGUGCUUCCACCCUUAUUGGGAAAGAAGGAGAGAACAACGCCGUCGAGAACGUGAAGCGCUUGCAGGAUCAGGUUCCAUCUAGUUUAGACAUUGCUGGGGAUAAAUGAUGGUCUGACAAUUACACUCUCAAGCUAUGAAGCAAAGUACAGAAUUGGAGUUAAAGCAAAGUCCAGAUGGUCGUUGUUCUACUCUCUGGGUUGAAUCUCAGCCUCUAAUGAUGGACAAAUUUGUCCUUCAAGGCUCUGUAGGGUAACCAGGUAUUUAGGAUUUCUCAUUACACGUUAGGAUUUUUCGCAUUUAUAUUUGACUGAAUCGACAAUCACAUCAUUGUUAUGACUCCAUAUCUUGCUGAUGUUGUAUGCU